AUGUCUGAAGUUGAUAAAGUUACCAAGGAGGUUGAAAACCUUAAGACUGCCGACAAAGAUCAAGUUGUCACGCCAUGGGAUGUUGAAGGUGCCGUUGAUGAAAGUGGUGUUGCACAAGCCAUUGAUUAUGAUAAGUUGAUCAAGCAAUUUGGUACCAAAGCUAUUACACAAGAGACUUUGGAUAGAUUUGAGAAGGUUACUGGUCAAAAGCCACACCACUUUUUGCGUAAGGGUCUUUUUUUCAGUGAGCGUGACUUUAACAAGAUUCUAGAUCUAUAUGAACAAGGAAAGCCAUUUUUCUUGUACACAGGUAGGGGUCCAUCCAGUGGCUCUAUGCACAUGGGCCAUCUUGUUCCAUUCAUGUUUACUAAGUGGCUGCAAGAUGUCUUCGAUUGUGCUUUGGUCAUUGAGUUGACUGAUGACGAGAAAUUCCUAUUUAAGCCAAAGCUAACAAUUGAUGAUGUUAAGGGAUUUGCCCGUGAGAAUGCCCGUGAUAUUAUUGCUGUUGGUUUCAAUCCAGAGAACACAUUCAUCUUUUCUGAUUUGGAAUAUAUGGGUGGCGCUUUUUAUGAAAAUGUUGUGCGUGUUUCAAGACAGAUUACUGGUUCUACCGCAAAGGCUGUUUUUGGUUUCACAGAUUCUGACUGUAUAGGUAAGUUCCAUUUUGCUUCUAUUCAAAUUGCUACAGCUUUCCCAAGCUCCUUCCCUGACGUUCUUGGUCUUCCACCAAAGACUCCAUGUUUGAUCCCAUGUGCUAUUGACCAAGACCCAUACUUCAGAGUAUGUAGAGAUGUUGCUGAUAAAUUAAAGUAUUCCAAGCCAGCUUUGAUCCAUUCCAGAUUUUUCCCUGCUUUGCAAGGUUCCACUACAAAGAUGAGUGCUUCCGAUGACACAUCUGCCAUUUUCAUGACUGAUACUCCAAAGCAAAUUCAAAAGAAGAUCAACAAAUAUGCCUUUAGUGGUGGCCAAGUUUCCAUUGAACUGCAUAGAGAGAAGGGAGGUGACCCAGAUGUUGAUGUCGCUUACCAAUACAUGUCAUUCUUUGAGGACAAUGAAGAAUUUUUGAAGGAGACCGCCGAAAAAUAUAGAAGUGGUGAGUUGCUAUCUGGUGAGAUGAAGAAGUACUGUAUUGAAAGACUACAGAAGGUUGUCAAGGAGUUCCAAGACCGUAGGGCUAAUGUCAGCGACGAAGUCUUGGAUAAAUUCAUGAAGCCUCACAAGCUUGUCUGGGGUCAAAAAGAAAGACUAGUGGCUCCAAAGCCCAAAGAGAAGAAAUAA